AUGAGCACGAGUGAUUUGUCAAGGUGGACGUGGGAAGAGGACAAGCAAUUCGAGGAUUGCAUUUUGGAUUCUGUUGGUCGAUGGGAGGAAAUCGCUGCUUGUUUGGGGACAAAAUCUGCGGCUGAGGUUGAACACCACUACGCCCUGCUAUUGAAGGACAUGGAGGCGAUGGAAGCCGGGGAGAUUGAGCCCCCGGCCUACCUGAAAUGCUCCAAAUCUGUGAAAAGAAAAAUGAGUAAAGCUAAACCUUGGACUGAAGAUGAGCACAGGCUAUUUUUGGAAGGAUUGAAGAAAUAUGGAAAAGGGGAUUGGAAGAGCAUAUCGAGAUUCGCGGUUGGUACAAGAAAUCCAUCGCAAGUGGCAAGUCAUGCCCAAAAGCACUUCAAACGCCAAGAGGAGAAUGAAAGGAAGAAGAGACGCAGCAUUUUCGACUCCUCCAAUUAA